UCAGUUUGCUUGGUCCUCACAGCAACGCUGAGUAGAGACUACUUUUUCCAUUCUGCAGAUGAGAAAGCUGAGAACCGGUAUUAGGUUAAGUGUCCUGCACGCGGUGGCUGAGUGACAGAGGAGGGAUUCAAACCCAGUCAAUUCCAUAAGUUGAUUCGGACACCUGCUCUAUGUUCGGCCAAGUGGAAGGUUCCAGACCCCAAAGGCUCAAAACCAGAGUGCCUGGGCUUCCCCACCUCCAGCAGCUUCUCUGAGAAGAGAGCUGUCCCCAGACCUGUUGUCCGGCACAAGGGACCAGUCUCGAUAUGGGGUACGAGGAGGGACAUUGGACACUGUAAAUCUCUUCCUGCCAGAACAAAGUCAAGGAGUCUUAGCUUUUCCUUUGCUGCAUGGAACAUUCUGGAAUUCUGAAAAACAGUUUUUUUUCUCUGUUGUUCCCUUAUCUGGUUAUUUUCCUAGGAUAAAUCCCCUGGGAAUGGAAUUGCUGGGGCAAAAGGUAUGCAGGUGUGGAAGGCUUUUGAUUCAUAGUGCCAAAUUGCUCCCUGAUAGAGCCGUAUGUUGUGGAUCAUCUUGUCCUGUGCUGCCUCUCAGCUGCCCGAUAAACCUUUACAGAGUCUUGGGGUGAAUCAGCCACCGGACCAGACAAACAAGCCAACCUGUGGCUGCGGCUGUUGCUGCAAUUAGGAAGGGAACUCCCUUGGCUCCCACCCAGGGCCUGGAAUGCCAGAACACCCAGCCAGACACCUUUGUACCCCUGCUCCCCACCAGCCCAGGUCCCACCCUUGCCUUCAUUCCCCGCCCCGCGCCCGGGUGGAGUCAGCCAGCUGCCAAGGCGGCAAAGCUUCCCAGCCCUCCUUCUGCUCACGGCCGGACGGAGGCCAGCAGGGAGCCACGGGCGGCCCCGAUGCGGACACUACUGACCUUCCUGGCUGUGGGAUCCCUGGCCGCCCACAUCUCUGAGGACACCCCGGAACUUCUUCAGCACGUGAAAUUCCAGUCCAGCAACUUCGAAAACAUCCUGACGUGGGAGAGCGGGCCAGAGAGUGCAGCCGCCACAGUCUACAGCGUCGAGUAUAAGAAGUACGGAGAGACAGAAUGGCUCGCAAAGGCAGGCUGCCAGCGUAUCACCUGGAAAUCCUGCAACCUGACGGUGGAGACGGGCAACCUCACCGAGCUCUACUAUGCCAGGGUAACCGCCAUCAGUGCAGGAGGCCAGGUGGCCACCAAGAUGACCGACCGGUUCAGCUCGCUGCAUCACACUACCAUCAAACCCCCCGACGUGACCUGUAUCCCCAGCAUGAGAUCGGUGCAGAUGAUUAUCCACCCCACCCUCACGCCCAUCCUCACAGAAGACGGCCACCAGCUCACCCUGGAGGAUAUCUUCCACGACUUGUUCUACCACCUAGAGCUCCAAGUCAACCACACCUACCAAAUGCACCUUGGAGGGAAGCAGAAAGAAUAUGAAUUCGUUGACCUGACUCCUGACACAGAGUUCCUUGGGACCAUCAUGAUUUUUGUCCCAACCUGGUCCAAGGAGAGUGCCCCCUACGUGUGCCGGGUGAAAACGCUGCCAGAUCACACGUGGACCUACUCCUUCUCCGGCGCCUUCCUGUUCCUCAUGGGCUUCCUCGUCGCCGUGCUCUGCUACCUGAGCUACAGAUAUGUCACGAAGCCACCUCGGCCCCCCAACUCCCUGAAUGUCCAGCGAGUACUGACCUUCCAGCCGCUGCGGUUCAUCCAGGAGCACGUGCUGACCCCAGCCUUUGACCUUAGCGGCCCCAGCAGUCUGGUCCAGUCGGUCCAGUACUCCCAGGUGAAGGUCAUUGGGCCCGGGGAGCUCCCAAGAGCCCCACAGCUGCACAGCCUGCCCGAGCUGGCCUACUUCCAGCAGCCAGACAUCUCCCUCCUCCGGAGACACUCUCACCAGAUGGUGUCCCCUCUGUGCUACGCCCCCCAAGCUGCCCCCAAGAUGAGGCCUUCAUCCUAUGCACCUCAGGCAACCCCCCAAGCUGAACCCCCAUUCUACACCCCACAAGCCGUCUCUGAGGCCCAGCUCCCCUCCUAUGCCCCGCAGGCUGCUCCGGAGAGCUGGCCUCCCUCCUAUGGGGUGUGCCUGGAAGGCUCCAGCAAAGACUCCCCACAUGUGACACUUUCUAGUCCCAAACACCCCAGGCCUGAAGAUCAGCUCCAGAAAGAAGCACCAGCUGAAAGCUGCACCCCAGAUGGCCUUUCUCUGCAGCUUAUGCAGGAGCCCCAAGAGGCCAAAUCAUUCCACCCCACUCUGGGGGGUCUCCUGAGACCUGAGCUGCCUGUGCUGCACGGUGGGGAACCAGGGACGCCAGGGUGCCUAGAGGGCCAGCUACCCCUCCUCUCCUCUGUCCAGAUCGAGGGCCACCUUGUGUCCCUCCCUCUGCACCCUCCUUCCCCGCCCUGUUCCCCCUCGGACGAGGGCCAGAGUCCCUGGGUCCUGCUGGAGUCCGUCGUGUGUCCCAAGGAUGAGGGCUCCAUGUUCAAGGCUGAGGCCAAGAACCCAGUCCCUCAGGCCACAGAUCCGGAGCAGCCCGUCCCGCUGGACUCCCUCUUCCAAGGCCUGGCCCUGACUGUGCAGUGGGAGCCCUGAGGGGAGGCCACCCUGUCACCACCCCAAACCCGCAUCCUCAGCCGCCUCUCUGACACCCAGCCGUGCCACGUGCUCUGUGGCCCAGUUCCAGACAGCGGCCUUGAGAGAACCAGAGGAAGGAGGACGCAGGGACCCUGUCACGGGUGAGCUCCCCACCGGAGCAAAGAGCCAUGAUGAGGAGGUCUGGGUGUGCUGCGUGUGCAAAUAAAUGAGCAUAAGCACACGGAGCCCUACGGAGCAGGACGGGGCAGGCAGAGGGAGGAGAGUUAACGCAGGGGGACAUCCUGCAGAUCCAGGGCCCAAGCUCCUUGUCCGCUGGACCCAAAGCCCUGCAGGAGCCUGCCAGUCUUCAGCCCAUUCCGGCCACUUUGAUAAUCUGGUUGGACAGCGGGUGAGGCCUCUGCCCCCUCUCUGAUUCCCCAAAGAUGAGGAAUGGAGCCUGGAAACGAACACCCUGUAGUAGGCUGGGCAGGACCGGAACAACCUGCAUUUCUGGCAAAGCCAAAGGCAGCAGAAGGGCAAGACUCCAGGGAGGGGUGUGGCCUGCAGCUCAUUCCCUACCAGGGCUUCUGCCUAAAAGUCCACCAUUUCAACCUCAUUCCUUUGCCAGAGGCUCUUCCCCAGAUGAAAUGCAGGUCCAUCAGAGAGGGAGAACACCUUUUCUGCAGGUAGGCGUUUCAGACCCUAUCCUGGGAGCAGGUCUUGAAAGGAACACGGGGCAGUGUAGUCCCUGAAGGAGACACUACCAGCAAACUGUACUUACUUCGCACCUUUGGGAACUCAGCCUUGGGUUCAGCCCGGCUGGGUGCAAUCCCAGUCUUACCACUUGCCGGCCAUGUGACUUCCAGCAAAUGAAUCGUUGCUCAGAGAAAUUCAGUUUCCUCAUCUGUGAAAUGUGGAUAAUCACACCUACCUCCCGGGGUUGUGGUGAGGACAAAAGGAAGUCAUGUCUGUGACGUGUUUAACAGCGUCUGGCAUGCGGAUGUGCCCAAUAAAUGGUAACUAUUU